AAUUUAUAAACUGAAGCGUUUGAUCAAUUUGAUCAACGAAUUACAAACACAUUUUCAACAAUCCUGGCAAUCGCAGACAUGGGUGAAUCUACUUCAGCUUCCACCGCUGCUUCAACAGCUCAAGCAAAACCAAAACCAGAAAGACUCCCCAUAACUGUCGAAAAACCCACCCCCUACACCUUCGACUUAGGCCACCUCCUCGCCCUAGACCCAAACCCCCUUACCCUCCCAAACAACACAUCUCUAAACGCCGCCCUAGCCAGCACAGCGCGUGACGGUGCCCAAUCCCUCCUCAACCAACUCCUAACAACCUGCCCUAUAACCGCCACACCGCGCGACGGCAUCCUCCUCUCCCUGCCCCCGCGAAACACCCUCCUCCCCCGCUUCAAACCACUCCCGGCCCCCAAGCAGCCGACGAAAUGGGAGCUCUUCGCGCGCAAGAAGGGGAUCGGCAAAUAUAACAAGAAGCUCGGUUCGGGCGGCGGGAGUGCGGAGGCGGAGCGUAGGAAGAAGUUAGUCUACGACGAGGCGAGCGGCGAGUGGGUGCCGCGGUGGGGGUAUAAGGGGAAGAACAAGAGCGGGGAGAACGACUGGCUUGUGGAGGUUGAUGAGAAGAUGUGGAAGAAGGAGGAAGGGUUGAGUAGCGAGGGGAAGGGGAUUAGAGGGCAGGGGAGGCGGGAGAGGGUUGAGCGGAUACGGAGGAAUGAGAGGCGGAUGAGAGCUAAUGAGCGAAGAGCGGGGCGUACGCAGGGGUGAUAGAUCCGAUCCAGUGUGUGCGGUGACGGGCCAUGCUGUUGUGGCAUUCCAAUUGUUUAUUGGCGAAUUGAAGGAAUAAAUAAAAUGGAAUGGGGCGGGGCGGGGCGGGGUUGGCUGGGAACUCUGAUGUCUUUUAUUUUUUUAAUUUUUUAAUUUUUUAAAAGGUCGCUUGGCGUUUUUGUUUGGUUUUAUGCCGGGUGUCUCUCUGUAUACACAUCUCUCUACCAUGUUUCUUCUUUUCUCUCAUCGCCGUGUGCACUUGAGGGCAAAUCAUUAUAUGCUCCUCGGUGAACUAAAUAUAUCCAGGGAGCUAAGAUAUCGUCGUCCGAACGUCCUAGUGGAUUUUUUUGUAAAGGGGAAGCUUUGCUAGACGGAGUUGUCCGUCUGAACUGAGCAGAAUAAAGUAUAUUCUAUUGAAAGGAGCUUACCAGAACCUAAUUACAUAGAUAGCUAUUUAACUUCAUGGAUGCCAAUUUCCCCUUUUACUUUCAGUUCAGCAAAUGUUAACAUAAAUCAGAAUGCAUGCCUAACAACAAGAUAUUUAUACAGUUACAUCUGCAAACCCAAGUAAAACAUUUCAUAAACACCGGUGCCAAAGUUGAUGAGCUAAGGCAAAUAUAUAGAG